AUGCUGCCCUGUCUGACAGUGGCUUGUAUUGUUGCCGAAUUGAGAACCACCACAACCACCACCACUACUCCAAGAACAACCACCACUACAAGAAAGACAACCAUCACUACUACUCCAAGAACGACUACCACUAUUCCAACAACCACCACUACUACCCCCCAAACAACAACCACCACAACUUCAACAACCAGCACCACCACUACUCCAACCACAGUGGUCACCACUGCUCCAACAACCACCACCAUUGCUAUGCCAUCAACAAUCAACACCACCACUCCAAACCUGACGGUCACCACUGCUCCAGUGACAACGAGGUCCUCUACUUCUCUUCCAGUGCCAGCACCCACAAGGGACCUCCAGCCAGCUUCUUUAUCUUCUCCAACUCAGACAGCAGAAACCCAGCCUACUACCGUGUAUGAAACAAACAUAACCAGCUCACCAUGGCACUCUUGUUCAACAGAUGGAAAUGGCACUGUAACACAGUCUCCAGAUCCCCAUUGGCAUAACAAUCAACCUGGUAUUUUUGCCUGGGUAGCAAAGUGGAGCUACUACGCGUGAUUCCAUUGAAAGAUUCUCACAUUGGAGCUUUGAAAAAUGCAGCUCUGAAGCCUAUCCAAGCAGAAGACAAUGUCUACAUUAUUGAUGACUAUCACUAAGUCCUGGAUCCAGAUUCUAAGGUGUUAUCCCUUGACUGUAGAAGACAGUGACCAGAUACCGUGUCAGAGUCCGUUCAAUCAGCUGCAUAAUUUUCCAGUCAGUUUCCCAUGGCAUUGCUAUGAGUCAGGGACACU